AUGGCCGUCCCAUCGCAGCGCACGCUGCGCGUCGUCUGCAUCUUACUCCUCGUCGCCCUCCCCUGCCUCGUCGAGGCAGCACGGAAAAAAAAGAAGGGGGACACGCCACCCUUGCCGUCCGUUCGCUUCUACAAAUCAACAGUCAAAGUCUCUUACGCCGGAGUAGCGAAAAUUCCCUCCACGGCCACGCAAGGCGCGGCUGUUCAGAGCCGACAAGUGCUGGAGAAUCCAAGAAGUCAAAUCGGCGGCCGCCGUCUAUUGGAGGACGACAGCAUUGAUCUUGGGACUCCCGGUACCGAUCCGUCGGCUACCGACCCUGCUGUGGAGGAUGGGGAGCCGAACCUGGACUUUGAUCCUCGGCCGCUGCUCCCGCCCGCGGAGCUUACCGGAGCCACCGCGGACCUCGAGGCGGCCAAGAAGAAGAAGCCCAAGGCGUUUCUAUCGCUGACGGUCGCUCCCUUCUCGCCGUCCGUCCUCAAGCGGCGUCACGGCCAAGCAGACCGCCUCCACCGGCACCGCCGCAUACGCAAGCGACUCGAGCGUGCCCGACCCGUCCGU